AUUAUGAUUGAUUCUUCUAUUACUGUUCUUGGUGUUGCACUACAAGGUGCUUCUUACAACUAUACUUUCUUCUUAUGUGUCAGAAUUAUUUUAGGUUUUGGUUUUGGUUUUGGUUUUGGUAUAUCUACUAUUUCUUUUCCAUCUUUGAUUGACGAAUUAUCUGAUCCAUUUUACAGAUCUGCAAAUACUGCCAUUUAUAAUACUCUAUGGGAUUUAGGUAAGCUUAUUGCUGCUUGGGUUACUUAUGGUACCAGAAAUAUCAGUACCUUUUAUUGUUGGAAUAUUCCUUCCUACUUACAAGCUCUUCUACCAUUGGUUCAAGUUCUUUUAUUCUAA